AUGACAGAAAUUAAGCAAAUUACAUUAGACAAAUAUUUUGAAAGAGAUAAUGGUAUGCCAGAUCGAAAUCAAUUUAAAAUUACUACAUGUAAAUUUGAUGAAAAUCAAAAAAUGGAAAAAGAUCAAAUUAUGAUAAAAUUAGAAUAUGUCAGUGUAGAUCCAUAUUUACGUGCCCGUAUGAAUAGUAAGAAAACAUUUGUUGAUCCAUUUAAAUUACAUGAUCCAAUUAAUAGUGGUUGUAUUGGUAAAGUUUUAAAAUCAACAAGUGAUAGAUUUAAAGAAGGUGAUCAUGUUUCCGGAUAUUUCGAUUGGAAAGAAAUUCAAAUUGUUAAAGUUUCAAAAGAGAUUUUAAUGGCAGAUCCAAAUAUUGCUCCAUUAUCAGCUUACUUGGGAAUUUGUGGUAUGCCUGGAGUUACUGCAUAUUAUGGAACUGUUUUAAUUGGUAAACCAAAGAAAGGUGAAACAUUAGUUGUUAAUGCAGCAGCUGGUGUAGUUGGUACCACCGUUGGACAAAUUGGUAAAAUCCUAGGUCUAAGAGUUGUAGGUAUUUGUGGUUCUGAUGAAAAGGCAAAAUCACUUAUUAAUGAUUUCCAUUUUGACUCUGGAUUAAAUUACCAUAGUCCAACAUAUGCUGAAGAUUUAAAAAAAGCAUGCCCAAAUGGUAUUGAUAUCUUUUAUGAAAAUGUUGGUGGUGAAGUAACAGAUGAUAUUGGACAAAGAGCACAAUACAUAGUGUUUGAAAAAAGAAUUACAAUGCAAGGUUUCUUAGUAUUUGAUUAUUCUGAUGAAGAUUAUAAAGAUGCUUUCCAACAUUUAUCAAAAUGGUUAAAAGAAGGUAAAAUGAUUGAAAAACAUGUAAUUAAUAAUGGUUUUGAUCAAAUUAUUCCAUCAUUUAUUAAAAUAUUUGAAACAAGCAAUAAAAACAUUGGUAAAGUUAUUAUUAAGCUUUAA